GGGCGGUAGCGAAACUCCCGUGCCGCGACGAAUGCUUCUUCAUGUCACUUAGUGUUGUUUUCUUGUUGUCUUUUUCUGUGCGACCCUUGCCUGUCGUCGACAGCGCUUUCAUGCUCAGUAGACCUUUGGUCCAAUUCAACAGCCCGGCGGACCAACUCGCAACUUUCGUUAUGCAAUACAGGGAAGAGUUCGCGAGGCUGCCUGCUGCCCAGCAAGUUGACCGUGGUUUCGUGCCGAUUGACGCCUCGUCUUCGUCGGUUGCGGGGCCCAAACGGCGCCAAGAUCAGCCGGCCAGAGCGGUUGGAAAGAGGAAGCAAUUGCCGACUGCCCCGUUUUCGUCGGCUGCGGUUGUCCAGGCUCUGCCCACUUCGGUUCCUCCCUCGGAUCGACAAGGUCAUGAUGCGGCCGAGCAGUCCAGCGAGGCCACAGACUACGACGACGGAGCUGUGCGCUAUCGGGCUGGUCCCCAGCAUCGUUCACGGGGAGGUGCAGGUGCCUUCGAUGACGAGGAAUGCGAGGGCCAAGAUGGGGAGGGCGGUGGUUGGGAUGGGGAGGGCGGUGGUGAGGAGGGGGAGGUCGGUGGUGAGGAGGAGGAGGGCGGUGGUGAGGCGGACGACGGUAACGAAGGAGAUGCUGAAGGUGAGGACGAUGGCAUGGAUGAGGAGAGAGACGAUGUUGGUGAGGAAGUCGAAGACAAUCGCUCCUCCCAAUUUCACUGUCGCCACCACAACGAAUCGCAGGGGCAUCGUGAGGACGACGCCUGCCACGUCGGUGACGCUGUCAAUGCUGGUGGCCAGUGUGCAGCCUCCCGCGGAAUGUCGCAGUCCUAUGAUCAGACGAAGGAUAGGAGAGACGAAUCUGGCUCACGGGGAAAGCGAAAGAGGGGAGAGGCGUCGACCUCUCCUGUGAGUCGAACAAAACAGGCGCGGGCCGACGCCGUCAAUGAAGCUCGCGGAGCGUUGACGACAUCACAGGAAGCGCGGGCUCCUCGAAAAACUGGUGGGGGGGGGCGAAGUGGCAGCCGCGGGGGCGGUCGCGGCGGCGGUAGGAAAGGCUCGCAGAGGUCCAGGGCACCUAAGCUGCGGGACUCGGGGGAUGAGGGCGAGGGGGUGGGGCCUCGCAUGCCCGAAGACAUUGAAGAGCUGGCUCAGCACGCCGCGCCCGUGGACACGACACGAUGUUUCUUCCUCGAAUACGACGAACAAGGCUUCGCCAGGCAAGACGUCCAAAUUGUUAACGUCGACGUUAAUAGGAUCAAACCCAUUCCCCGUGGGAAGAUCCUAUUGAACCACCGUUCCUUGUCUGAGAACAUUGUGAGAGGCAUCGAGAGUGCCAUAGGAAGCUCCAUCAGUGCUGACCCGGGGGUGUGGGAUAGACCUGACCUCGUUUUUGCGCCGGUUGACCCCAACAUCAUCGUCGGGGGGCAGGGAAGGCGAAUCAGGCCGGACGAGUUCUUCCAAAGAGAUUCUGCAGAGUUCGACCGGUACGCUGUCUGCGGUCAGCAUACUGCCGAGGCCAUGAAACGGUUGGUUGGAAAGGACUCCCCCACGGUCAAAGUCUACGGCCUCCGCACGUACUCUAAAGUGCGAGUCGUCUUUUUCGAUGAUGACCACACACACGGGUACUUCAAUGUCUCCCUCUUCGACAACACACGGGAGAAUCGCGCCAUGAUGUUAUCCUUCCAGGACGUUGUGCGUGAUAUGCGGCAAUGGUGGAUCGACAACAACAGGAUCGAGGCACCCAAAGCUAAGGUCAGCGAGAAGGAUGUCGUCGCCGUUGCGCAUCAGAAAACGUGGCAGAACUUCCUGAGGGCCUGCAUGGGGAAGGCGUGGGACAAGGCGUUCGUGAAACAGGCACUCGACAACGAAUACAACAAGGAUUGGAGUAAUAAACUUCGGGGGUACCUGAACCUCACCACGUCCACCCGCACGGUUUGGCCGCUGGUGGAGAAGUUCUUCGCGAUGUUCGAGGAGGGUAAGCUGCCAAUCGGCGAUGACAAGAUCCCACUUGAGAUGCCGGGGAGGAUGGAGGGGCGCCUGCCCGGCCCGUACACUGACGAGAACAAGGGACAACGGACUUUGUACCACUACAUAUAUGCGAGAGAUGGUCCCAAGGGCUCCACCGUGUCCUGGAAGGAUUUGUGUCCUACGUACUUCAAGAACUUCGGGGACAUGACAUGCCGCGAGAGAGAAGUUGCGCUACUCCUGCUCAUGUCGGGGAAAGUGGUGGGAACAAAAGUGAGAGUCACGCCUCCGAGGGUGAACACAGAGUGCCUCCUCGACAUUAUGCGCAAGGAGAGAUACAUGGUCCGCAUGUUCAACUACGUCGUGUUUCACGCCGAGGGAAAAGAAGGGGACGAAUGGAACGACGACUUCUUCAUGUCGUACAAGGACCUGGAAGAGAGCGAUAUCUUGCGUCAAUUGUACCGUUGGGAGAACAUCGAGCUCAUCCCCGGGUCAUGGAAACGCGUGGACAGGCCGCCGAGCGACGUCACAAGGUAUGGCAACAUCGCUACGAGCAGUCGGGACCUGAUAGCGAUCGUGCUGCACGCUGAAGGAGGGGAUCUGAAAAAAGUAACUGUCGCACCCCGACUUCACAACGAUCUCACCGAAGUGCAUGUUGAGGAGGAAAAGUUCGGGAAGUGUCUCGGAAAACACGGUGGCGUCGAGGGCGACGAAAGUGCCGCAUAUUCAAUUUGGGAGCGAGAACCUGGCAAGUUGCGGAAGUUGUGCGGUUCAUUCGUAGGAGAGGCGGAAGGUGUGCUUUUGCUGGGUAGGGCACACGCGGGUCUUGUAUGGAAGUUAUUGCUUGCAGAUAAUAAUGUCAUUGCCUGUGACAAGUCCGCCAAGGACAUUGCAUACUUGACAAAGUUCGUCGACUUACUUAUUAAGGAUGGGAGAUUCGAGUGCCGCCUCGAGAAGCCGAGUGCCACACAUCGCACGAACAGCGAUAUGUACCACAAGUUGGGACCGAAAAGACUGAAGGUGUGGGAAUACCUGUUUCGCGAUGCGCCGGAUGGACGCCUUGAUGGGGGAUACAUAUAUAGGAAAGCCAAGGUGACCGAGGCCCUCAAACAUUAUCACGGUGCUCUAACUGGCGCCUUCGAGACAUUCGUUGCUCGAUGCGAGAUCUUGAGGUUUGAUCUUCACAAAGGUAAACUAACGUUUAAGGACAAUGCAGACCUCGCUAAAUCGGGUGAAGGCUUUAACCCCGUUGACAGCGAGGAAGACACGUCGGACUCCGACCUCGAGAUCGAAAAGGACACCAAUGCAACCGGGUGGUGUGGGAAGUCCGCUGCCAUGGAGCACAGCGUCAAGGGAUAUGGGCCGGGUCAAUCAGAGGGAUGCUCGAACCUGCCACCCGCGAACAGUGUGGCCUCGGGUGUGGACCGGGUUGUAUGUACGCCUGUGGAAGAUGACGAAGAUGAUGACCUUGAUAUUCCUGCUCAGCCAACGAAGCUGGCGCAAGGCGAUCCGAUUCCUCCCAGAUUUUGUGCGGAUGCAAACAAUCAUGACGGCAUUUUCGAGCCAUGUAUCCAAGGCGGGGAGUGGAAAAUGGCGGUGAAGUAUGUCUCGAAGGGUUGGAGACCGUUUCCCCGCAUGGGAAAGGACAACAGGCUGAAGAUGACGGAGCAAUCAAUACUAUACCGCUAUCGGAAAGAGAACCCCGGGGAGAGUGAAACAUCCAUCGCGGCAAAGGCGAAACAAUUGUUCGACGCAUUGGGAGCCACUCGGCAGUUAGAGUACUCACACAAGUUUUACGAGCUGCAGUCGAGCCCCUCGUACGGCAAGAUUGACUGGAAGGUUGAGCGCACCGCCGCGCUCGAGAGCAUGGACGUGGACUCCCGAGAAGAUGCCGCCCCUGUGCCCGAGGUGGCCACAGGGAACACGAUGGGUGAACAAAGGGAAGAUGGCGGGAUGACGUUCGGCGUGAAGCCUCCGUUGCCAGAGGUGGGGAACACGCCCGCAGGCAAAAUCACCAUCGGCCAUCUCUGUCGCAAUGGGGGAUACAUCACAAGGAAAAAGGGGGAAGGGGAGGGCGCGAAGGAGGCCUUUGUGCCGGUCAAGGACGACGACCAGCGUGAGGCUAUUCGCCGCUGCGGCAUAUUCAAGUACUUGACGAAGGGUCAGACGCUGGAGAGUUGCAAGGGCAACUUCAAGAUGAAGUGCCCCUUCUGCGACAAAGCACCUUUCGAGGGCAGUCAGGCGCGGGGUGCUGAGCACUUCACGAAGGGUAGGUGCCCCAAGGUGACACCAGAGGUCCUCGUGGACAUUUGGAAUACCACACAGUACCCUUCCGACCAGCGGCGAGAGAGACAAGUGCGGGAUUACAUGGAGUAUCAUGGCAUCCGGAAUAACAGAGAGGUGGGAGUUGGAGUGGGGGAGGAUGACGAGGUGCAGGAUGUUUUGGACCGGGAGGCGGCGGACAACGAGGGAGGACGUUGUGGCGGCGAGGACGAUGAGAUGGACACAGGGGCGGAGGGUGAGGGCGAGGGACCGAUGGAGGACGGCGGCGAGGACGAUGUUCAGGAGUUAGGAGCGUCCCUUCAGGGGGGAUCAUUGAAGGCACGACGCACUGCUCAUCAUACAAGGACUCGUGCGCCUAUGGAUGGUCGUGGGAAGAGGAGGGCGGACACCGCUCUUGCGGCACGCGUGCCGGAUCCGAAACGUUUGAAGCAGGUCAGACUGGAUGAGAUAUACGACCUGGAGUGGCAGACCACCUUCGACCAUCUCUUCCUGCAGUGGUGGCAUAUUGGCGGUGUCCCAUUUGAGAGGGCGAGGAUGCCCGAGUACAGGGCCCUCACGAGACAUUUGCAGAACAUGCCCCGGGGCAUGAAGCCUACUUUGCCCCAGUUCAAGCGCAUAGCAGGCAGUGGCAUACAGGAGGAGCGUGCACACAUAGCUGAUAAGCUACGUGACAUACGCGAGCAGAUGCAGCACACAGGGGCUACCAUCCUCACGGAUGGGAGGAAGUCCCUGAACUCUGAGCCCAUCGUGAACUUCCUGGCAGCAGGACAGUCGGGCGCCUUCUUUUCACGACGCGAUCAGCAGAAGAAGGUGGCGGAGAUGACACUUGAGUACAUCUACACACAGACGGGCUUAGACCGGCAGGGAGACAUGUACAGGUUGGUCCGUCAGCAGUUGUACGACUUCCACGCGUACGGGCCGAGGUAUGAUUGGGGUGGAGAUGCAGGCACUGGAGACGAGGACACGUGCGAGGGGCUAGAUGAGACACAGGUCAUUGCUGAUUGGUGGGUUUUGCACGGCAGUUGUGCCCUUGAGCUUUGUGUCAUCGCCACACGUCUGAUGUACACGUGGGUUUGCGCCUCUCCUGCGGAGAGGAACUGGGCAUUGCACGAGCGUAUCCACGAGAAGCGCCACAACGGGUUGGACUUCACGAAGCUGACUGAAAUGGUGGAGAUAUGCACGAACAAGAAGCUCCUGGCGUGUAGACAGAGGAGGAGGGGACUUGUUCUGCCGUGGGGUGAUCUUGAGGAGGGGUUGGACGACGUCCCAGAGCCGCGCAGAUCAGCUCAUAUCGAGUUGUACCACGAGGAGAUCGAGUACGAUCCACCCACGGACCCGCAUGCUGCAGACGAGAUGGAGGCAGAGCCCUGGACGGACCCGGAGGACUUGGAGCAGAGAGGAAGUGACACACCUGAUGUUGGUGACGAGUCCAACAGAGAGAGUGAUCAUGAGGCUGCCAAUGAUAUGCGUUCGUGGGAUCGGCAGAACCAUUGUGAUGUUGAUCGCAUGACCCCUCCCUUGACUAGGGGUGCGGCGGAUAGAGGGCGCAAGCAGACACAGGUUGUGCGAUCGUCGAGCAAGGACGACGGAGGUGACAGGUCUGACGACGGAGAUGCCGCCUAUGACGAGGACUCCGACGUCGAGAGAGAGGGACCCGACCAGGACAGAGGACAUGGGGACGAGCAUGGAUUCGACGACGGUGAUGGCAGUGGGCCGAUAGAGGACGGAGCGGGUGGCGCCUUCCUUGUUACUCCUCGCCCCAGUGCAGCGGGCGGGGGCGGUAGUGGCGGACAUGGAUUUGGUUUGGAGGUACCGCAGGGAUCGAUUCCCUCAGGUAUUUUCAGUGACGGCUUCGACCUUGGACGUCCACCCACUUCAGAUGCUCAUCGUGGCGGGGUGCGUGUUCAGACACCGGUUAGCGAAGUCGCACACCUCAUAGGGUCGGUUUUUUGUGGUGUUAGUUCAGGUUUGUUGACAGAGGCUGCCAGAGCGUCAAGCGAGAUACAGGAGGGCAGGACUGGUGACGACGGCGGUCGUGUUGCCAGGAGGCUACAUAUGGAACCCGAGGACGUGCUUGAGGAGGAGAGUUUGGCACGGAUGGUGUCGGGGUGUGCCACGACACAGCGGCUUGCGUUGGAGCAGGACACGACCAGGACGAGGGAGAUGGGGUGUAGUGUAGAGGAGGUCACUGCCGCCAGACUAGCAGCAGAGUGUAGACACGAUGGUCCUGCAGAUGUUGCAGAUGGUGGAGGACUCUGCACAGAGGGACACGUGGUGGCUCGUGCGGACGACCACCAGGAGGACGCGAGGGUAGGGUUGGGUGGUUUAUGUGGGGCCAGCGACACGGUACUACCCACUACUGAUGAGGCGGACGGGGGCGACAGCGCGGCCACGACAGACGCAGAGGGGUUGCUUGGGUGCGAUGGCACGGAGGUGGAGGGGCAGGUGGAUAGAGCACUUGUCGCCGUUGUCGUUGCCGCAAUGGAGGAUGUGGUCGCAGAUCACACUCAGGAUGGUCUUGUCGCGGUGGAUGCUAUGGUUGCACAUCGCAACGAGGAGGAGCGACAGGUGGACCCUGGGGACGUUGUUGCACACCCUGUAGAGGCACAUGAGCAGGCAUAUAUCGAAGAGGCUUUGGAAGGCUAUGCCUCCAUCUUCUUUCGUGCACCCUCGGGGGUAUCGGGGGAUAUUGGGAAGACUAUGGAAAUGGUCGACUUGUUCGAGCAGUUGACAGGUCAGAGGGUUAUCGAGCCGGGAGGGGUAUCAUGGGGAGCAGGGCCAGCUGCUGCAGGGACAGGACCAGCAUGUGCAUGGGCGGUGAGUGGACGGGGAGGUGAGUCUGGUGGCAGUGUUGUGGGCGGGGGAGGUGGUCCCGCAGUUGUCGGCGGACGGUCGGGCCUUUCGGGCGGGAGUGUUGGUUGGGGAGAGGGUUCUGCUGCGCCGACGACGGCAGGAGGGCGCAUGCAGGUGCAGGGUUCUCCAUCACCUUCAUCGAAGCCGAAGGGGAAGUCCGUAUCAUGGAGCGGCAUCAGCAUGGUCACCCGCAAACUCAAGGAUGCUAUGCCUGGGGUCACGGGUGAGAGGAGGGAUCAUGAGGGGAGGUUGACAGAGAUGUUUGCGGACGCAGAAGGCUGGGUACGGAAGGGAGAUAGGUUGAAGCAUGUUGGUGCCGGGUCGUCGUGUGCUGCAGAUCGACGGGGCAGCACAAUGGUUGCACCGCCGAUACUGGAUGAGGAGUCGCGACGUCAGACAGGUACAAGACCGGGCAGUCGUCGAGCUGUUGGGGGCCACACGGAGGAUUCCGCGAUGGAUGGGGUGCCCAUGCCUAGGGGUAGGAAGACAUACACGACUCUGACCGGCGUUUUGGGACGUUCUGGUGGAGGGGGUGUUGAGAGAGAGGUGGAAGUCCAGGAGGCAGAGAGGGUGGCAGCCAGAGCAGUUGCCAGUCAUGCCGUGUCUGUGUCACAGCAUCCAGGGGAGGGAGAGGAGAUGACGGCGAAGGUGCCGCAAAGGCGGCGAGAGCGCAUCAUCGACGAUGAUGACACAGACGACGGGCAGUGCGAUGCACCGUAGACUAGGACUUCGAUUUCACGCCGAUGAUGUUUGUGUGUAUCUUUCUUCAUUUAGAGUUUCACAGGUUUCGUUCUUCUUCUUGUUUUUUUUUGUUUUAUUUUGUAGUUAUUCUUCUUUUAUAAUAUUUCCUCUUGUUUACUUUUUUUUUUUUUUUUUCAUAUUGACACUACUGUGCGACUUCGUGCUUCCACUGAG